GGAAGCGCCCCUCUCCCGCCUUUCGCGCUGCGUGCUCCGCUGCUGCGGCGGCUGGAUACGCAGAGGCGCUCCGGGGGAGGCUGCGGGGGCGGCCCUGUUCCUGACCCUCCGGCGUCCAGGCAAAUGUCUGAAGGAGGCUCUGAGAGAAGCUCUGCUUUGGUUGUUAAAAAUCGGGACAGAGGUGGAAUGGAUUCAUCUUCAUCAAGAAAAUUUCUAGACGUAGAUGUGAAGAUAACUAAUAUAUACUACGAUCCAAAAGAUGUCCUUGUAAAAUUUCAAGGCCAAUAUAACACAGACUGUGAGUUUGAUUAUCACAUACUGCAAAGAGAAAUACAGCAAGUACCCAAAGUGAGAGACCCUGUUGCUGUUGGUGAGUUCUGUUUAGCUGAAGACUCAGAUUGUGGAGAAUGGUACAGAGGAAGAGUAAUACAAAAAAGCCAUGACAUCUAUGAAGUAUUUUUUGUGGACAAUGGGAAAAUACUGACAGUGCAUGAAACUCACCUUGCAUCUCCCAUUGAUGAAUUAUUUCAGCUUCCUCCAAAGAUAGUUUGUGGGAUUUUUGCAAACGUGCUUCCAAUUGAAGAAAAAUGGACUGCCAAAGCUUUUAAUUACUUUUUAUCCUUGAUAGGCUUGCAGAUUAAAGGUCAUAUACAAGCUGUUCUGCCACACCAAACAUUUCUUCUUGAGGUGCCCAAAAUUGCUAAUGAUAUGGUUGAAUUCAGACUAGGAAAACUAGUUGAUGUAGAUACUUUCCAUCUUAUUGUUGAAAUGUUAACUGAAUUUCCACAUGAAUCCCAUUGUAAACAAAUGCCAGAUUUACUGCAACAGAAAUAUACAAGGCCAGGUUCUCUAUUUUGCGGUGCUGGUAUUCAACCAGAUAUUCAACCAAUUCUAAGUAAACUUCAACCAAUUUUGUCUAUUGGUGCUGUAGAGAAAGUAAAAAUAUCAGUAGCAGUUAGUCCCAGUAAAUUUUAUUGCCAGUUACUUCGACAACAGGUACAGCUGGAUAAAUUCACAACAGACAUGUCUUCCUAUUAUGAAACUAUUAGCAAAGUAAAACUUCCAUCUCGUGACAAUCUUGGAGUCCUUUGUGCAGCUAGACGAAAAAAUGGUCAGUGGCAGAGAGGAGUAAUACAACAGCUACUUUUUGAUAACAAAGUGAAGAUUUGGUUUAUGGAUUUUGGCAACUAUGAAGCUGUGCCUUCUGAGUGUAUUUUGAAGCUUCAACCAGAAUUUAUUUCAGUACCUAUGUUUUCAUUUCCUUGUGCUCUAUCAUGUCUUAGUGAUCAGGAUGGAACAGUGAGACAUGCUCAGCUAGAAGAAUUCAAGGAAGCUCUAUUAACACAACAGGUUAUUUCGGCCCACAUAGAUCUGUUCAAUGGUAAUGAACACUUAUAUUAUGUUACAUUACGUAAAUGUGCAUUCACACUGACAAGUGAAUAUCUAUCUUGGGAAAAUGAUGUGGUUCCAAAACACUACCCUUUGUAUAACACGGAAGUCUCUUGCACAGAUGGGAAUGUACAAAAUUCUAGUGUGAACUCUGUCUUGGCUGAGAAUGUUUACAAUACUGCUCAACAAUCAAGUCAUUCUUUUAAUCAAAAGGAUACUCAUUUACUCUGCUCCCCUUUAACAAUCCCUUGCAAAAGAGCCGAAAUGAAAAUAGAUUCAGUCUGUGUUGCUUUUGCAGUUUAUGUUUUGAAUCCAUCAAAUUUUUGGGUGCAAACAAAUGAUUUGUUAGAUGAGUUUGAAGCCUUAAUGAAGAAAGUUGCAGAUGUUUAUGAUAGAAAUGAAGUGAAUGAUAACAUUCUAGAAAACCCAGAGCCUGGAAGGCUAUGUUGUGCACGGUAUAGCAAGGAUAUGCAUUUUUAUAGGGCUGUCGUUAGACAAGUAGUAGACAAUAACAUUGAUGUUUAUUUUUUGGAUUUUGGGAACACUGAAACAGUGCCACUGUUUGAUGUGAGGAUUUUGCUUCCAGAGUUUCAGGAAUUACCAGCUUUAGCCAUGUUCUGUACACUUGCUAAUGCAUUUCCAAUUGAAGGUAUAUGGAUUAAAAAAGAAACAGAUUUCUUUAAAACAGUUGUGGUUGGCAAACCAAUCACUCUGCAUGUUAUUGCAAAACAAAAGGACAAUUACAUUGUCAAUGUGCAGUGUAUGAAUGGCUCCAAGCAAAGUGAUGUUCUCAGGCUUAUGGUUCAGGCUGGAUGUGCAGAAUACUGGGAGGUAAAACAAGAUCCAUUUUUGAAAAUUGUAAGUUCUCAAGUACACUGCUCAAAAAAAAGCAAAAAUACAAAAAAACAAAGUGAAACAGUUAAACAGAACAAUAAAGUACUGAUACCUAAAAAUACUGGUCACAAUAAAAAGCUGCUGAAUACUCAUGUUGUGACAAAAGACAAUGCUAGGAUUUUCCCAAUGUGGAAAAGCAUACUUUCCAAUAAAUAUGGGAAAAUGUUUUGUAAAACAGAUAGAGUAGAAUGCUAUAAAGAGUACAGAUUUAAACCAGGUUCUGUAUUUGAUGUUGUAUGUUGUCAUAUUAUUUCACCAGGCAACUUUUCAUGUCAGAUACAAAACAAGCUACCCAAGCUAAAUAAUAUGAUGGAACAACUUCAGAAUUUUUACAACACUCAGAAAAGGCCAUAUGAAAGUGGAAAGCUUGCCUGUGUUGUGAAAUAUUCUACAGAUGGAAAGUGGUACAGAGCUGUUGUACUGAGACAUGUAUCCAAAACUGAAACUGAUGUAAUGUUUGUAGACUAUGGUAACAAGGAAAGAGUUUUGGCGAAAGAUCUUCAGGAUAUUCAUCCAAACUUCCUGAUUUUGGAACGUCAGGCAUUCAGAUGUUGUCUUAAUAGUGUCACUGAAUCCUUAAUAUUUGACCCCUAUGAUUGGACUGCUGAGAUAUGCAGUGAUUUUAGAAGGUUUGUUUCAUCUUCCAAUGGACAACUGAUUUGUUCAAUUUGUGCCCUGCUUUUUAAGACUCCCAACUAUUUAUGUUACAUUGUUGAUUUGAAGACUCCGUUUACUAGUUUAAGGCAAUUUCUCUUUGGAAGUGGCCAUGCACAAAUUUACUCUUUUGAAUGUGCAAGAUCUCUUAUAACAUCAUUUUCUCUGUGUAGCUUUUAUUAUUCAUCUUUUAAUAUGGAAAUUGGAAAUGAAGAGGAAGUAUAUGUAACCUAUAUAUAUAGCCCUACAAAAUUCUAUUGCCAAUUAAGUAGAAAUGGAGAUGAGAGAGACAAAAUAUUUAAAAAUAUUUCAGAAAUUAGCCAAAAAACAAGUCAUGCAAUCCAAAUAAAUGCUCACAGUUUAUGCAUAGCAAAAUAUCUUGAGGAUGGCUUCUUCUACAGAGCUUUAGCAUCUCCUAUGGAGUCAUCAGAUUACUGGCCAGUAUAUUUUGUGGACUUUGGAAAUAAACAAUUGGUAGCAAAAGAGGAACUGGUUCCUAUUCCAAAUAAUGCUUCAGAAUUAAUGUUCACACCAAUGCAAGCUAUCAAGUGUUAUCUGUCAGAUCUAAAAGAUGUUGAAAUUCCGUCUGAAAUAAAAGUGUGGUUUGAAAAAAAUUAUUUGGGAAAGGAGUUGAAAGCAGUAAUAGUAUCUAAAGAAUCUGAUGGGCAGUUUGGUAUGGAGUUGUAUGAUGGAGAACUACAAAUAAAUGGAAAGAUUAAAGAUUUACUAAAGCAUAUCAAAUGUGAUCUGAACCCAAAGGAUAUAAAAAAGGAUUUUAAAAAGUGUGUUGGAAAUAAACAUAUGGCAUAUAAAAUAAGGUUGGAUAUAGAUGAAACAGAAAUUAAAAGUAAAGAAGUUGGGUGGAAAACUGAAGCAGACAAAGUUUCUUGGAAUCAAAAUGAUAAGUUUCAUAUUAAAUAUGGAAACAAAAUAGUAAUUAAUCAACAGAAGCAGGGCAGUAGACCUGCAAAGUUUCCAUCAACUUUGGAAAAUGCAGAGUCUGUUUUGGAAAACGUUUUGAGACAAAGAUAUAGAAGUACUUACAAAGAAUCCAAUACUGACACUAUUGAUCACCCUAGUGUGCAGUCAAAGAUUAAAGAUAACAGGACUGGAUUACAUAUGCUGAAAUUAAAUAGUUUAGGACAGGAAAAAAGCAACAAGACUAAGCGAAAGUACGCAAAUCUUCCCCAAGUUGAUAUUCAUAUAAAUUCUAAAGUUUGGGGUUAUAUUUCUUAUAUAGCUAAUCUUUCAAGUUUCUAUGUUCAUCGUUCAGAGGAUGAAAAUAAAAUUGUGCAGCUUGCUGGAGAACUGAAUGGCGGAAUGCUUAUAGAGCCAGAAAUAGAUGCCGAACUUGAGAAAGAUGAUGUUGUUUUAGCAGAGUAUGAAGGUGAUUGUUGCCUAUACAGAGCUUUAGUUAGAGAAGUCAUAGCCGAUAUGUUUUUUGAAGUAGAGUUUAUUGACUAUGGUAACACAGCAACUGUGAAUUCAAAAAAAAUCUACAAAAUAAAAAAGUGUUUCCUCAACGUACCAAGACUCAGCAUACAUUGCUUCCUUAGUAAAGCAAAGUAUUUGUCUUCAGAUAAAAACUGGAGUACUAAUAUGGAUGCUUACUUUAUCAGUCAAGUAAUUAAUCAGCCAGUCAUGAUUGAGUUUCUACAACAGUAUGACCAACAGUGGGAGGUUGAUAUAAUUUGUCAUGGAAUAUCUAUGACUGAUGAAUUAAUGGAGAGGGGAAUCCAUUUAGGUUUACAGAACAUACUUACAUUAAACUUUGACCGCAACACGAAACAGCUCCCAAUAAUAGAUUCAGAAACUGAUAGUAAUGAUCCAGAUAAAUCAGAAAGUCAAACUUUGUGUGGAACCUUUAAAAUCAGACCUGCUAAAAUUGACUGCCAAAAUAUAAAGCCUGGACAGUUAGAAAUAGCUGAAAUUGGUCAUAUUUCAAGAAAUGGGAACUUCUAUGUGAAGUUAAUUAAGGAUGCACAAACAAUCCUCAAUUUAAAUGUAUUGGUUGCCCAAGAGGUAGAAAAAAAGUGCUUUAUUACACUGGAAAAGAUUAAAGAAGGGUUAGAAUGUUUGGCAAGAUCAAAUGAAACCUUGAAAUGGUAUCGAUCUGAAGUUAUUAAAAAAUAUGUGAAGGAGGAAUGUAUGUUGGUUCUUUUUGUGGAUGUGGGAAAAUAUGAAAUAGUGUCACUACAUGAUACACAUGUGCUGAGUGAAAAAAUAAAGUGUAUUCCCAGGAAUGCAGUGCUUUGUAAAUGGAUUUGGUUUGGAAAUCUAAGAGGUUUGUCUUUUGAGAGAAUGAUGGAGGAGAUAAAAUAUUGUGAGAUAAAGAUUUUAUUUUUGAGAUACUUAGAAUCUGCUUUUAUUUGGGAAGUAGAUAUUUUAAUAGAUGGAAUUUUAUUUUUGGAAUAUUGUCAUCAAAUAUCUUACCAAACAAAGUUAGAGAGACAUAGCUUACCAAAAAUUGUUAAUGUAAGCAAAUCACUUGAUCUCCCAGUCAGGUCAAAUUCAAUUCCAUGGGUACAAUUUCAGAAGAAUAAGCACUAUCCUGGGUUUGUCACUUCAGCCAUCGAUCCUUCAAACUUCUGUAUCCAGUUAGAAGACUCAUUUAAAACUCUGAGAACAUUGUUCAAACUGCUCUCUGAUCUUCCAGAAAACCUCCCAACUAUGCCACAAGAAUGUGUAGUUCCUGGUGCCAGCUGCUUAAUAAAAAAUGGACCCAAUGAAAAAUGGGACAGAGUUGAAGUUUCUGAAGUGCUCAAAGACUCCAAUACAUUAAUACUUACUUUUAUUGAUGAUGGGUUAUCAGCUCCCAUUCCCAUCUCUGAUAUCCUUAAGCUGAAGGUUAUCCCAGAAAAGCUGGCUAAUUUGCCACGAUUAACCUAUCCUUGCUCAUUGUUUGGAGUAACACCUGCUGAUGGAAAACACUGGAAUGAUGAAGCCAAACUUAAAAUUCAAGAAUUUCUUGGUAGACAAGGUCUCACAUUCCAAUACAAGCAGCCUCAUUGUGGACUGAAGCUAGAAGUAGAUGUUUUUUGUGAGCGAAACAAUGCAGCAGAUGUAUUGGUUGCUUCUGGUUGUGCCUUGUAUUAUAAAACUGCAUCCUUUGGAUCAACUAGUUGUGCUGAGCUUCAUCUAUCGAAUUUACAUACUAUUUGUGAUCCACUCCAGAUCUGCAGUGAGAAGAACUCUGAAGCACAGUUUGCCUUAAAUAAAAAUAAGAAAGAUCCACAGAAUUCAAUUUUUCAAUUGAAGUGUGUUGAUUGCAAAAAUUUAAAGGAGAACAGCUCAAAGAAAUUACAUCGUAAGAAAAAAAGCUGCCAGGAGACUUUUUUGCACAGCAGUAGAAGAAAUUAUGGAAACCUGCAUAAGAGUGAUGAGAAAUUAUUUAACCAAUGUUGCGGCAGAGAACAACUCAAUGAAAUGUAUUCUACAAACAUACCAAAAGCUGAUCACAAGUUGCUUUUUGGCUCCAAGAGUGCUCAGAUCCAGAUUCGUGAAGAAAACUGAACAUUAUUCACAUGAAAGGUUAAAAUCUGAGAUGAUGGAUUUUUACAACUGAGAACAAGUAAUGGACAACAGAUCAACAUUCAUUUGAAAAGUAAUGCAAUAAAAGUAUGCAGAACAUAUUCAUUUAUAAAUUUAUAAUUUAUCUGUCACAGAAGUCCAGACCAGAACCCCAUAACUCUUAAAAAGUGUAAUAGGUUCAUUAGUGUUUGGUUUGGUUCCCCUCCUCCUCUGUCAUGCACAUAUAGUUUCAUGCUUUUCAAAAACCUUCUCUACUGUAAUUGAUUUAGCAUUGGGACAAUGACAAAAUGGAAAAGGAAAUAUUUUUAGUAUGAUUUUCAGCAAAAUUAAUCUGAUAUCUUCCUGGACAAAGACCAUCUCGCAGCUUGUACUAAAUUUUUAUUGUGUUGUUAAAGUCUGUACUUAUAUGUAAUAAUCAUUUGGAAUUUUGUCUAAAUUCAAAAUAUGAUUAGAAACUAUUGGGGGGGGGUUAGUGAAAUGCAAUGCAAUGUAUCCCAAGAGACAGCUCCUGUAUUUUGGCCAUUGCUCAUGUUGGAAAAAAAAUGCAGAAAUGUGAAAAACAAGAAUUCCUUGUUCUAUAUGUUGCUAGGUUUUGUGGGGUGAGUCAUACAGUUGUAUCGAUUGUGUACCUGCCAAAUCCUGUUGAUUUAUUUUUACCUGCCGAAAGCUUGAAUUUAAACAAAUAUAAUAGGAAAAGAAUCUCAAUGAUUUCAAUUGACCAUUUCAGUGUAACUACAUUUUAAUA